CUUUCUUGUCUAAUUAUAUUAUUAAUGAAAGUUUUAUAACGGAGUAGUUAUGAUUAUGUUAUGAUUAUUUUCUAUUAAGAAGAUAAACACAUUAAAUAUAAUCUAUAAUUAAUUUAGUCAUUUUAUCCUACGAGUAAUUAUUGUGCUACUAAAAUGAAUCCUACGGAACCAACGAGUACUGAAACUUUAAGUUCAAAGAUGAAAGAUGUAAUAGAUGUAUUAGCAAUGCAACGAGAGAAAAGGAAUACAUUACAGAAAAGUAUUACAAUCGAUUAUACUAAAGCCAAUGACAGUUUCACAGUAUCAAGAUUUAUCUUCGAAUGUGGUUUAAAAUUAGAGGCUCAUUUUCUAACAAUUGCCACAGCAGCAACUUUAUAUCAUAGAUUUAUGAAAGAAGCUACUGCUCAAGGAUAUGAUAAUUAUUUAAUAGCAGCUACUUGUUUAUAUCUGGCAGGAAAAGCUAAGGAUGAUAAUUUAAAAAUAAGAGAUGUGAUGAAUGUAUCAUAUAGCACACUUCAUAGAGGUUCGCAACCACUGGAAUUAGGAGAGCAAUAUUGGAGUAUGAGAGAUGCUAUUGUGCAAGCUGAACUUCUCAUCAUGCGUAUGUUGAAGUUUCAAGUAAGCCCAGUGCAUCCACACAAAUACAUGUUGCACUAUUUGAGAUCUUUGCAAGCUUGGUUUGGAGAAGAAGAAUGGUCAAAAUACCCAGUAGCCAAAACUAGUAUGGCACUAUUACAAGAUUUUCAUCAUUCUCCUGCUAUACUUGAUUAUCCACCACAUUUAAUAGCAAUAGCAUGUAUCAAUCUUGCUUUACAAAUUUAUGGUGUAGUUGUUCCUUUAAUGGAUGAAUGUGAUCAACAACCAUGGUUUAAUGUAUUUUGUAAAGAUUUAACAAGAGAUAAACUCUGGGAAAUUAUGGAAAAAGUUAUGGCUGCAUAUGAUGAGGAACCUGAGACAAGAGAUAAUUGAUAUCAUACAGAGAUUUUUUUAAAUGUUUGAAUAAUAUCCUAUAAAUGUAAAAAAUAAACAAAUAAAUAAUUUUUUCAAAAA